AUGGCUCCUGAGAAAGAGAAUAUGCAAAUUAAUACUGCAUCUCCUAUGACUAAUCAAGUUAAGAAAUACACCCAAGAAGUUGAAACAAGUGGUACAGGAAAGGGACUUGAGAAAAGAACUAGAUCUUUGAGCUCCUCUUUGGGAAGUGAUGAACAUGAAUUGGGAUCUUUCAACAAGAGUGCUGUUUUUGAUAAUCGGCAUAUGCAAACUCCUUCUAAAUGCACAAAAUUGAGUUCUAACAUGUCUUCUAAUCAAGAAAUGCAAAACAUGAAAAAAUUGGUUCUUCAGAAAGAGAAUAUGCAAACCAAUGUUUCAUUACCUCCAUCUGUUGAUCAAGUUAUGAACCACUCUCAAACAACAGAAAAAGGGUCAUCUAGUCCUACAAAGGUAAGAAGAGUUCGAGGAAGCAACAUGUGCAAACAAGUUGCUUCACUUGAAAUUGGACAAAAGUUGAAAGUCACCUUUUACAAUAAUCGAACGGUUGGAACAAAUAGCAAUCUUUUUUCGAGGCAUUUGGGAAAAAUUGUGCGUGAUCGUAAUAUUUGUCCCUUGGGGGUAUCAUCGUGGCAUGAUAUUAAGCAAGAAAAGUUGAAUCACAUGUGGGCAGCCGUUGAGCACAAAUUUGAGAGUGUUGAUAUGAAUGAUCAUCGUGAUCAUAUCUUGGGAUGGAUGAAUGAGUUAUGGUACAAAUGGAGAGGACACUUGCAUGCAAAAUAUGUGAAGGACAAGCCUAUCCAACAGUCUCUUAAGAAUGUCCCAAGAGGAGUAGACAAAAAAGAAUGGGAAUGGUUAGUAAAGGAACAUUUUGCUUCUGAAAGUUUUCAGGCAAGAAGCACUAGGAAUGCAGCAAAUCGAGCAAAGUUAAAGAUGCUUCAUCAUAUUGGUAGCAAGCCUAUUCGAGAGAUUAUUUAUCAAAAGGGCGGAAAAGAUGGAAAUCCACCAGAUUUGGCAACUAUUUUCUUUGAGACUCGUAAGAAAGAUAACAAGCUUGUUGAACCUGAAGCAAUUGAAAAACAUGCUCAACUCGAAGAAAUGGUUCAAGUAGAUCCAUCUCUACCUACCUUAGAGAUUGUUGAAAAAUGUUGUGGACCUCAAACUCGUAGCCACGUAUUUGGAUUUGGGGGUGGAGUAAAGGCAAAAGACUUGAAAGGUGGAACUUCCUCAAAAGCUGAAUUGUUAUCUGCGCUGCGUUCAACUCGAGAGGAUAUCAAAUCCUUGAAUGAAGAGAACAAAUCCUUGAAUGAGGAAAACAAAUCCUUGACCAAUCGCUUGUCUACCUUAGAAGAUGCGAUGAAAGAAGUAAUGAAAAUGAAAGAACUCUUCGUGGCUCAUCAAUCACAUGUACCAGCUACAACAUCGAGAGUUGUUCUUCGAGGAUUAUCUGUGAAGAACAAAACUGGUUUCAUAAACGGCAAAAUACAGAAACCAAGUGUAGAUUCACCCAAUUUUGCCCAAUGGGAAAGAUGUGAUGAUAUGGUGACUUCCUGGAUCUUAAAUUCUCUGUCCAAAGACCUCAGAGAUAGCCUGCAAUACGUUGAUAAUGCCAAGGAACUUUGGGAUGAAUUGGAAGAUAGGUAUGAUCAAACCAAUGGGGUAAAACUGUAUCAGCUUCAACGAGAAAUCAAUGAUCUCAGUCAGGGCAAUUUAGAUAUCACUGGAUAUUACACCAAGAUCAGGAAACUGUGGGAAGAACUCAACACUUUGGACACUAAUUCACAAUGCUCUGAUACCAUAUUGAAACAAACAAAGCUGGAGAAGAUCAUUCCUUCAUUGAUGAACAUGGAAAGCUGA